GUAACGGUUGCGUCGGCACUGUCGGCAGCAGUCGUGCAUUUGGUGCGGCCUUCCACCGGUGCUCGCGCUUCGGUUUGGUUCGCCUCUCCUUGUCUCGCUUCUGCCACACCUGCCUUUGUCGCCUCCUUUUUGACUUUUUUGACUUGUCGUGAAGCAACGCGCUUCUUUAGGCAACGUGGGUGAACACGCGCCGAUAUUGUCGCGUGUGCCGCCGCGUGGAUGAAAAUGCCGCGCAAAAGAGCAUUCACGCUACACGAGACAUCCGCUGGACGCAGAAACGUCACUAAAAGUCCAAGGUGAUCUUUAUCUACAACAGAUUCGUUUUUGUACUCUGUUCAAAUAUCAAACGCUCCACGCAAGGAAUGGAAGAAUCUCAAAGACAUGAGGAAUCCGAUAUGUACAAGGAACAGCCACCUUGCAGUUUUCGAAAAUUGGGAGAUAUGAUUCCAGCACGUGUCGUGCUGUACAUGCUUUCGUUUUCCGGAUUCCUCGUAUCUUUUAUGAUGAGAACGGACAUUAAUAUCGCUAUGGUGGCUAUGGCGAAGUUGCCAUCAACAUCAGACAAUGAAACCGCCGUGGUAACGUCUCAGUGCAACACAAUAUCAAAUACGUCAUAUUCAGAGAACACUACUGUAAUCAGACCGGAGGACGCUGGUGAGUUCGAGUGGAGUCCAACUAUUCAAUCAGCCAUUCUCAGUUCCUUUUAUUGGUGUUAUAUACUUUCGCAAAUGCUCGGCGGUGUUCUCACUCAGUACUUCGGUACUAAAACCAUAUUCGGCGGAUCUCAAGUCAUCACUGCCGUUUGCAGUCUGCUUAUGCCGACUGCCGCGGAGAUUCAUUAUGGGGCCAUGAUAGCGUUACGUAGUAUACAGGGCUUUGCCAGUGGACUCACGUGGCCCGCGAUGUACGCCGUAAUCGGGCACUGGAUUCCACCCGUGGAACGCUCACGCUUCAUGUCUUCCUUUCAAGGGUUCAGCAUCGGCAUUGGAUUGACCUAUCCGUUGUGCGCGUUCAUCAUCGCCCACUUCGGAUGGAGGAUUGUAUUCUACACGACUGGCACCAUCAGUCUCGUCUGGUGUAUCUUUUGGUAUCUUUGCGCCUUCGACACACCUGCUUUGCAUCCCCGAAUAUCUAAGCCGGAACUUCGUUACAUUCAGGAAUGCGUUAGAAAUCAAGUUAUCGGAGCAGACGAGGAUCUGCCCGUUCCUUGGAAGUCUAUACUCACGUCUUUGCCAGCAUGGGCUAUCGGUAUUACAACCUUCGGAAGAAUAUGGGUACAUUAUGUCUUUAUCAUUCCCGGCCCGAUGUAUAUGAAGACGGUGUUAGGAUUCAGUAUACAAGCGAACGGUAUCCUGUCAGGUGCACCAUUUAUCUGUAGCUACCUAAGCUCCGUUGUAUUCUGCUACGUUGCGGAUCUCCUAGUCACGCGGCAAAUCAUGACUUUAAUCACUGUGCGCAAGAUAAAUACCGCACUAUCUCAAGUGGUUCCCGGAAUACUUAUGGUCUUAAUUGGAUACUUGGGCUGCGAUAUUAUCCUGGUUUUAAUCGUGUGGUUUAUAGCUGUUACUCUCAUAACAGCCGGCUACGCGGGCGCAAUGGCCAGCGUCGUCGACAUCGCACCCAAUUUUGCUGGACCAGUGUUAGCAUUCGCGCAGACAAUUCACAUGACCGCUAGUUUCCUAUCUCCUAUAGCAGCUGGUCUGCUCACACAAGAAAGCCAAUCUCUCGAUUCGUGGAGAAGAGUAUUUGCCGUUACUGCAGGUGUAUCUUGCAGUACAUAUAUUGCCUACCAAAUAUUUGGUACAGCCGACAUACAGGCGUGGAACUAUCCUGAUCAAAAAUAUCCUCAAUCUAUUCGAGAAGAAUGCCUAUUAAAUGAUUCAACAAAGAAAAAGAGCAAGAUUGUUCCGAGCCGAAAGAAUCCAUCAGAAUAAGCGUGAUGUAUCUUUAUUUCGGUUUCUUAUUUUCCUGCUGUUGCCAUUCCUUAUAUUAAAACUUAAAUCUUUUAACACGCAAAAUACAGUCGAAUAUAUGUACGAAAAAUACCUAUUUUCAAUACCGUUCUAUCAUUGUAAAUAGAUCUGAUUGUUGAUAUGAAAGAAAUUAUAUAGUUGUCAGGGUAUUAUGUAUAAUGAAGAAAGAUAUUUUUAUGAAAUGAUUACCUCAGGUACAUGACAAAAUGUUUCAAAUCAGAUGUGACACAGAUUAUGCAGUAUACUGAUAAUAGUACAUUCAUAUAAGAUAAAAUGAUACAAUUUCGAACAUCGUACAAUUCUAAACGAAAUAAGAUUUGAAUUAAAUUUUUGAAGUUUGAUUUUUUCUUAUUUAGUAACCUUUAGUACCGAGUUCAAUACCCUUCCACAUAAAGAGAGGAUUACCAUAUUUAAAUCUUGAAAAUCAGAUUUUAUUUCGUUUAGAAUUGAACAAUGUUGAAAAUUGUACCACCUUAUCCUACAUAUUGUGCACAAAUGUUCAAAGAAAUAAUUGAUAAUAAGUAGAGCGCAUUUGUAAGAUAUCACACGUUGCGCAAUCCUAAUCGGGUAAUUCGAGAUGCGGAGUGUUUUCUCGACAAUGCUAAUAAUAUCUUCAGAUAUUUAGACGUGGACCACACGCAAUUGUUUUUGCGUAUUAUCAUCGCUCAAGCUUAAAGUAAAUCUUUUUAUUUUAUUAUUGGCGAUCUUAAGAAAGCAACAUAUUUUAAUUACCCGAGUAGGAUGAAUUCAAUGUGAAAUCUCACAAACUUCUUUUAAUGACAAGUACUAACGUAUGAUAUUCCUCGAAUUUGUUUGUUUAAAUUACAUUCUGUAUUCUGAAGUUAUUGUACAAUAAUUUAUUUGAAAAAUGACUUAAGAAUGAGAAUGGAUUCAUGAGAAUGGAUCUUAUAAGAGUACUAAACAGUUACUUAUUUUUCUUUAGUUGUAUGCGUACGCUCCAGAGCAAUGAUAAUUUUAUAUAUACACUACUGUCGAAAAGUUUGCGGACAUGGGGCUUAAAAUUGCAUAAUAUUCAGUUCAUCGUAACUCGGUAAAAAAUCAUCGCAGGCAAAAAAGUAAGAAAGCAUUUUAAAGCUUGAAACUUAUACUUCAGCAUGC